AUGGAGAAGUACUCGCGUUGGAGAGAUGCCGGCACAGGCAUUCAGCCAUUCCUGCCUCCAGUUCCACCACGUACCGACUCCAACCUCUUAUCGACACUCUCCAAUGUUAUCCAUACGAUUGUGGGUCCUAUCCAAGGCAUCGUUAAACUCGCCCUGGUCCUCGUUGCGAGCUUAUUGUAUCUCAUCCUUGUACCUGGUAUCGGAUUGUUGCUGAGCCCUGUGCGAUUACUACAACGAUGGUGGGAUCGAUGCUUUUCUUUCAUCUUGCUACGUCUUGUGCUGUUCUUCAUUGGUUUCUUUUUCAUCAAGUCCGAGACAAUAUCGUUGCGACGAGGAAGCAGUAGGAACAAUGGCAACACCAACAAAGAAGCAAAGAUCAAAUCAGGCGACAUCAUUGUGACGAAUUGGACAUCAUACAUUGACGUGCUUUAUUUGGCAUGCAAAUACAAGCCUGUGUUUACUCAAGUAUUUCCAGUGGAAGGUAAAAAUGUGCGGAGAAUCAGCUUUUGGCAAGCAUUGCGUCUGUGCACGCAAGAACCUGCAUUGACACCUGAAGACGUUGGCGUUCAUCCAUCCGAAUUGUAUACGGUGCGAGAAUUGGCUGAAGAAGCAAAGAGUCGUCAUUGGGGUCCCAUCGCCAUUUUCCCUGAAGGAACCACUUCCAAUGGUCGUGCCUUGCUCAAAUUUGCACCCAUCUUCAAAUGUUACGAGCCUUCAGAGCGCAGCAAUCACUUUCAUAUACUCGCAUUCAAAUAUGAGUACCGUAAUUUGCCACCUACUUAUACUGUUGGGAACCAAUUUUGGCAUUUCUUCAAGCUCUGCUCACAGUUUCACAAUACAUUGGGUGUUAGACGUUUAGCAAGCGAUGAUGUGCCUUGUAAUCCAGCAAUGACCUCCUCUCAACAAGCAUCCGAUCUCGCAUCACUGGCAGGCACGGGCACAGAUGAUUUGGUCGGUGGUCAAUUGGUAGUUUGUCUUGCCAACAUGUCACGUAUGCGAAAGACCAAUUUGAGCAUGUCAGAUAAACGUGAUUUCCUCGAAUACUACCAUUCUCGAUUCAAGGAUAGUGCUAGAAAACGAGAACAGCAAACAAUUAAGGCAGCUAGUAAUAAAAAGGUUUUGUAA